AUUUUUCUUAUAAUGUCAAAUGUCAUUACAUUUUAGGUUAAGUUGUGUUGUUGAAAAUUCAUAAUUUUUGGAAGAGAUUUCUCUAAAAAUGGCUCAUUUAAUUAGAGCUGUAGUAUUCAAGCCAAGAGAAAUUGUUACAAGAUGUUACAAUAAAAUUGUAAUGACAGACGACGGCACAACAAUAGUCGCACUUCACAAAGACCAAGAAUUCCCUUAUGAACACUCAAGACCGCUUCCUGAAGAAACUGUUGCUGACACAGGAGUUUUAAGAAUGACUGAUAAAGACGAAGUUUACAGAGUAUUCAGAGAUAUGAAACCCGAGAUAGCAAGAAAACAACUGGCAUCUCUAACACUCACUACAGAACACAGGUGGUUCCCCAGAGCCAGGGACAAGAAAGCCAAGAAAACAGAAAUGAACCGCCCAUAUUUGUAGAAUUGUUAACAUAGUAGCAUAGAUUGUAGUAUUAAUUAAUAAAGUUUUGUGAAUACAA